GCCGGAUACCUUACAGAGAGUGCCACGUGGGGGAGAGCGACGGGGUAUACAAAUUUCCGAUAGUACGGCCAACGUCGUGUCGAGGCAGAGGCGAACAGUGACAGCGUCGACCAAGACUCAGCAGUAGAUCCGCCGCCCCGCCCUCAAGUCAAAAGAACUCCCACCACUUGCGCAGGAUGGACAAGGCGCUGUUGACCCGCGCCACCAGUAAAGAUGACACGCCGACACCCGGUUAUCUCUAUGGGGAGAUCGCGCGUAUGACGCAGCACAGUUAUGACACCUGCACUAAGGUGCAGGAUUUCCUCAUCUCCCGCGUCAAGAACAAGCACCACACCAUCAAAUACAAGGCGCUGCAGGUCAUCAAGCACGUGUGCCGCGAGGGUCGCGUCGACUUUAAGCGCGAAAUGCAGAAGCACAUCCCCACCAUCAAGGAGUGUCUGCAGUUCCGCGGCGUACCUGACCCACUUAAGGGCGACGAGUACUACCGUCGUGUCCGGGAAGCGGCCAAGGAGGUGCUAGACGCUAUCUAUGACACGGACAAUGCUCCUGGACUGGGUGGUAUGGGCAUGUCUGCCCGUAUCCAGGGAGUGGGUGCAAACCCUAAUGAUAAUGGAGGCGGUGGCUCUGGCUGGAGCUCCAAGAUCUGGGGCGGCAAGAACUCGAACGAUAGCUCACUGCCCCCUCCGCCGAUGGCCGGCCCGCCUAUGGGCGGAUACAAUGGAGCUGCCCCUCCUGGAGCUCCGUACGGGUACCCUACAGACCCUAAUCAGGGCAGUUAUGGUGGACCACAGCCUUACGGUGGCCCUCAGCCUUACGGCCAACAGCAACCUGACUACUCUCAGCAAGGAUCGUACGGGGGCCCUGGUGCGCAGUAUGGGGGAGCGCCACCGAACCAGUAUGGUGGUGCUCCACCUCCGUUUAACGACCAGAAGUUCUCUGGCAUUGGUAACCCCAUGUACCAGGACCCACGCGCAGAUGAGAAGGGAUUCUUUAAGGGACUGAAGGAAAAGGUGGCGUCCAAGUACAAUAAGUCGGAUAAACCCACGUUCGGCGGCGGCCCGCCUGGAUCAUCUAACCCGCCUGAAGGAUGGAGCUUUGCUACGAACCGUGGACCUACCAGUGGGAACUACGGCCCGACUCCUGCCCCGUAUAACCCUGAGGAACCAUACCGCCCGACUGGAUACACAGGAGGAGGUUACCGACCUGGAGCCUACGGACAAGAUCCGCGGGAAUCUGCCAGCUCGCAGCUCCGUGAGAAGUCUUAUGAUGGCGACCGCAAGAAGGGUCGUGUCGGUGGCGCAUGGAGUGAUGCUGAUGUGCCAUCGAUUGGAAACACGGGUGGAAUGCCGCAGAACAGCGGCCACGAGAACCGGACUCAGAGCUUCAAUGGCAGCACACGCGAUUCUCGCUCGUAUUCGCGAAAUUCAGACUACGACUACGACGACAACAAGCGACGCGAGCCUUCUCAGGCUCCGAGACCUUUCCCUCAGGCUCCUGUACUCACAGGUCAAACGUCAGGUGCACAGUCGGAUGGAUCGUACGAGCGUAACCUGGUUACAGCUCUGUGUGCUCCAGGUGGCAUGCGUGCUAUUCCUCCGAAGGACAAGAUGGACGCGUUCUUGAAGAGCGCAAUUACUCUGGACGCCGAGAUCGUUGGCCCGAUUCUGGAGGAUUGCUUGUCAGAUGACCAGUGGACGGUUGUAUCGAAGGCGCUGGCGACAAUCGACGCUUUGCUCAAGACAGACGGAUGCGAGGAGUUUGAAGAGUACUUCAGUGAAAACUCGAGCGAGAUCGAGUCGUGUACCAAGUCUGACAAGGCUGCAGUGCGUGACCGUGCUGUCAAGGUCCUGAACCAUUUGGGCAUUUCUGCUGGCCUUGGAGCUUCUACGUCCAGCCGCGAGUCGUCCAAGAAAAACAAACCAUCUAGUCACAGGAAGCAGCCAGCUGCAGAGGCGGAUCUCUUGGGAGGUUUUGAUGACACCCCUUCCACUGGUGACAAUGACUCGCUCUUUUCCGGACUACAGACAAACGCUCCGCAGCAGUCAGCACAGGAAACCGCUCAGCCUACUCCUUCGACGAACGAUGUCACUGAUAUGUUUGGCGGACUGCAGCUUCAGAGUAGCACAGCGAGCGCGGCAUCAAACCCCGAGCCGUCCCAACCAGCCGCACCUGCUGUCCCUGCCGCCCCGGCAGUGCCCGCUCCUGCACCGUCAGCGAACAAAACGAUGGUACUGGACCCGCUUCUUGAACCCGUUCCAGCGGCACCUGCGAUGAACCCCCAGGGCUUUGGUGGCCCCAUGAACAUGAACAUGAACAUGAUGAACUUCAGCACACCGCAGCAAAUGGCGCAGAUGCAGCAGAUGCAACAGAUGCAGUACAUGCAACAAAUGCAACAGAUGCAGUACAUGCAGCAAAUGCAAAUGCAGCAGAUGCAAGGCAUGGGCGGCAACCCAGGCUCUCAGGUGAUCGGAGCUGCGAUGACUCCCACGGGUUACAUUGCCAAGACGAUUCAGGAACCGACUGAUGGUCUUGCGUCCGACUCGGGCUUUGGAUUCAUGAAGAAGAAAGACGACUCGUUCAACUUUGUCAAGGACGCCAUGAAGAACAGUUAGGCGGUGACGCGUGUAUAGUACACCCUGAACUUGCUUCGACGGUAGUAGGAGGAGCGGGGAUCGACGUCGUAUCUACAGGGAAGAGGAAAUCAAGACUCCAAGUGCAACACCUGGCUGCUUGGACGUUGUGAACGUGUCAAGUACCGGACCGUCAAUGUAGAUGAAUCAAAGCCGAAGGGAGAAAGAAUACAGAGUGUUUGAGCUGUGCUGACGUUGCCGUUCUCACCUGUCAGCUCUCGUGUUAGGCGCGGAGUUAGUUUGUUGUCCCAAAGCGAUGCUCGUGGUACUGCCAUAGUCUGUGUAAGACAGCAUCAACUGUUUGUUCCAUCCAGAUCGCCACUCUAGUGUCCUUGUCCUUACAGUAAUGACUCAGUGCUUCAACCAGCUACACGUAGCACAAAACUCAGACGCCACCUCACUCUAAGCGCUAAAAUGACACUUCGUUACCUGG